AUGGUCGGUCGUGGGCCCCAGCUCCCGCGUCUCCUCCUGAGCGACGUGUCGUGCAUGCGCAACGCCCAGCAAAUUCUCCGCCACGUCAACGCCUCAAUCCACGACGGCGGGGCCCUCGUUCUCUCCGGAACUAAUGGCUCCGGCAAGUCCACCUUCCUCCGCAUGCUCGCCGGCUUCAGCCGCCCCUCGGCCGGCCGGAUCCUCUGGGAUGGCCACGACAUCACUGAUUCCGGCGUGUUCCACCAGUACAAGCUCCAGCUCAACUGGCUGUCCCUCAAGGACGCCAUCAAGGACAAGUUCACUGUUCUUGAUAAUGUCCAGUGGUUUGAGAUCCUCGAGGGCAAGCAAGGGCGGUCAAUGGCCGCGAUUGAGUUAAUGGGCCUGGGCAGGCUGGCUAAGGAGAAGGCCCGUAUGCUGUCCAUGGGCCAGAGAAAGAGACUCCAGCUGGCAAGGCUGCUGGCCAUUGAUCGGCCGAUAUGGCUGCUGGACGAGCCCUCGGUUGCGCUCGAUGAUGAAGGGGUCCGCCUGCUCGAGUUUGUUAUAAGGGAGCAUAGGAAGAAGGGCGGUAUUGUAAUUGUGGCCACACAUCUCCCGAUCGAGAUGGAGGAUGCUAUGGUUCUGAGGCUGCCUCCGAGGUUCCCAAGGAGGAUGACUUUGGUCGACAUGCUCGAUCGUGGAGGCCUCGAUUGA